AUGGCCACUUCUGAGAAAGUGGACGAAAAGCCAGUCCCAGUCGAACAUGUGGACAAUGAUGUCGUCACCACGAAAGAGAAGACGCUGAGCUCCGAGGCAGCGGCCGCCGGCCAGGGCGUGAGUGGCUACGAGACCCUCACCCUCUGGGAGACGGUCAAGAAGUUCAAGGUCAACACGUUGAUCUGCUUCAUGGUGACUCUGAGUGCGGCGACAGAUGGAUACCAGAUCGGUAUAAUGGGAAACAUUAUCGCCAACUCAGGCUUUGUUAAGCAAUUUGGGACAGGCACCAAUGAGAACGGCGACAAGUACCUAGUUUCAAGCGUGCUCAGCGCCUGGAACGCCAUUGGAGCCGUCGGACAGAUCAUCGGCAUGGUCUCACUGACCUUUCUUUCCUCACGACUUGGCAGGAAGUUUGCCAUGUACUGGCUGUGGUUUCUUCUCACCAUCAGCAUCAUCCUCGAGUGCGUGGCUAAGAACUGGAAAGUUUGGCUCGUGGCGAAGCUCUUUGGCGGCAUUGGCGUCGGCUGUCUCCAGACUACUAUCCCUACCUAUCUAUCCGAGGUGGCUCCUGUUCGCAUCCGCGGUGCUAUGCUCAUGUGCUAUAGCUUGUGGUUUUCUGCCGGCCAGUUCUUUGCCCCUGUGGCCUUGCAGGUCAUGUUGGAAAAGGAGCCUGAUAAUUAUCUAACCCCUAUAUACACGCAAUGGUCUCAAAUCGGCUUGAUGAUCAUCAUCUACCUGUUGGUGCCCGAGUCCCCGGCCUGGUGCGCGUCAAAGGGCAAGGAAAAGGAGGCCAAGAAGAUGCUGCAUAGGCUUCACUGGGACAUCAAGGACUACGACGUGGACCACCAGUAUAACCUUCUCCUCAUCAAUGUCGAACAUGAGCGUGCCAUUGCGGCUGAGCAGAGCCGUGAAAAGUGGUACAAUAUCUUCAGGGGCCAGGACGGCCUGCGCACCAUGAUUUCGGCCUGGACUUUGAUGACACAACAACUCAUCGGCUUGGGCAUCUUUGCUAGCUAUGCCACUUACUUCUUUCAGCAGGCCGGCCUCAAGGAUCCUUUCAAGAUCACCUGCAUGACCUCGGGUAUCAACAUCUUCUUCAGCAUUGUCGUUAUUUACCUCGCUGAUGCUACUGGCCGUCGCUGGAUGGCUUGUUACGGAAAUGCUAAUACUAGCCUUAGCUGGGGUUGUUGUGUGAUAGUUGGCAUCCUUGGAGUGGUUCCCUCAAGCACGGCCACUUAUAAUGCCAUGGUGUUCUUUUCUGUCCUCUGGAAUGUUGGUCUGGUGGCAAACGGUGCGACUGGCUGGGGCUUCGUUGGAGAAAUCUCAUCCCAACGCCUUCGUCCUUACACGGCUGGCUUUGCCGCUGCCUCUACAUGUGUGGUAGGGACUGUUAUCGGUACUGUUCUUCCGUACAUGAUCAAUGCCGAGGAAUGGAACUGGGGCCUCAAGACCGCUUGGCUGUACGUUGGCCUGGGCGCCCCUUUUACUGUUGGCAUGUGGUUCUUGAUCCCAGAGACUAAGGGACGAUCGGCUGCCGAGCUGGAUGAACUCUUUGAGCGAAAGAUUAAGCCAUUCCGCUUCCACAAGACUACUACCGUCACACAGCGCAUGGUCGAGAUGAAUGGAGAAGAGCGCGCUUAA